GCGAAUUACUGCCAAGCUUUUUUUAGCCUUCCGCGACGCCUUACUUGGCGGCUAUGUGAGAUCCAACACGGUUGCAAAUUACAACCUCUUGACCAUCUCUUUCUCAACCUCUUUCUCGAUAUCAUGAGCUGAAGUUGAUAUCAGCGAUCAUGAGUCGAAUACAGCAGAGGCGUCGCCUUGCUGGUUUAGCUAUUGUUCUCGUUGUUAUUGCUGCAUUCUUCCUUUGGCAAGAUGAGCCCGUCACGUGGUCCUCCUUUCCUGCUGUAACUGAGUCUCCUGCAAUCCAGAAAGAUGCUGUGGAGCCACAGAAACCUCUCAAAGUGUCAACUACGAUCUCAGAUCCUGUUCCGAAGGUGACGAAAGGCCCGACAAAAGCUCCUACAGACCUGGGUGAGCUUCCUAACCCUGAAACUACAAGAUGGCAAGACGCGGAAUUUCCAGCUGCGUCUCCAACAAGUGCGCCCACCAAAACAUGUAUAAAAUAUGAACAGCUUCAAAGGCUGAAGCAAGAGCCGUUGUCAGAGGGGUGGAGGCAAUUCCCAUAUUCUCGACCAUCGCCCGAAUGUCGGACGUUCAAUCUUCCUGCUAUGGAGAAGCUCAUUGAGAAAAUGAGAGGCAUUAUCAAAGAUCCUGAUCUUUUCAGACUUUUUGAGAACAGUUAUCCGAAUACGUUGGAUACGAUGAUCAAGUGGAGAGGCUAUGCUGAAGUCGUUGAUGAGAGCACUGGGAAUGAGACCACGACGGACGAGGAGUUGACUUAUGUGAUCACAGGUGAUAUUGAUGCUAUGUGGCUACGAGAUUCGGCCUCCCAAAUUUACUCUUACCUGCCACUCCUAGAAGCAUCAACCGAACCGGACUCUCUAGCCAGUGUAUGGCGUGGACUGAUCAACCUCCAUGCACGCUACAUUAUCAUCUCACCUUAUUGCCACUCCUUCCAACCACCACCAGAAUCGGGAGUUCCACCGACUCACAACGGAGCUUACAGUCAAAAUCAUCCAAAUCCUCCCUAUAACCCUAAGCUAGUAUUUGACUGCAAAUGGGAGCUCGACUCUUUAGCAUCUUUUCUACAAGUAUCCUCGGCCUACUACCAGAAGACAAAAGACCUAUCAUUCUUCCAGAAAUACUCUUGGGUAACUGCGGUACACGCUGCCUUAAACGCUUCUGCCGCCAUGCGUAUCGGCACCUACUCCAAAGACGGCAAGGUCCUCCCUUCAGCCUGGACAUUCACCGGGUGGACCAACCGCGGGAGCGAAACCCUAACCAACGACGGACUCGGGAACCCCACCAAAUCGAACGGCAUGGUCCGAACCGCGUUCCGUCCUUCCGAUGAUGCUUGUAUUUACCAACUAUUAGUUCCCGCCAACAUGAUGUUUGCAAAGUAUCUCGAAGAAGCAAGCUUAAUAAUGGAAGGACUAGGAGGAGACGAACCCAAGAACCUAACAAGCCAGAUGCGGGACUUCGCACAAGGCAUCAGAAAAGGAAUCGACGAAGACGUAAUCAUCCACCACAAAGACUUCGGCGACAUCUUCGCAUACGAAAUCGACGGCUACGGCGGCACAAACCUGAUGGACGACGCCAAUAUCCCUUCUCUCCUCGCCAUGCCGUUAUGGAAUUACUCACACUCGGAUAUGAACUCCGUCGCCACCCACGACUACGACGAGAUAUACGCUAAUACGCGCCGCUUCAUCCUCUCGGACGCAAACCCGUACUACAUGAAAGGACCCAUCAUCUCCGCCAUCGGCGGCCCUCACCUCGGACCCGGCCGCGCCUGGCCCAUGGCCGCUAUUGUGCGGGCCUUGACUGCCUUCACUAUGCUUGCUUCUACCUCAGGAGGCACAGGCUCGGUAGCUCAAUCGGAGAAGAAGGCAAGAGACGAUGAGAUCAAGGGACAGAUAAUGAUGGUGCUGAACUCGACGGCGGGGACGGGCGUCAUUCACGAGAGUGUGGAUAGUUGGAACGAGCAGAUCUGGAGCCGGGCGUGGUUCGGGUGGGCGAAUGGGCUUUUUGGGGAGUUGAUUAUUAGGGUUGCGGAGGAGGAUGAGGCGCGGGAGAAGGGAGAGGAGGGGUGGUUGAGUGAAAGUUGGCAGUAAGUACCUAGCUAGGUUUGUAGGAA